UUUCGUCUUUCUCGGCCUCCUUCAAGUCCCACCGCAUCUGGCUGGUGUUCAGGUUCACACGGCCUUGCGGUCAAGCCUUGGUCACAAUCUCAGUCUCUGAACGGAAACCUGCAGGUGAAGCAUACCCAAGAUUCCAAACUUAUAACAAGACUGAGUGAGAAUGAGAGAUAGAGGCUUGUCUUCCUUAAAAUUCCCAUUUUUAUUCUGAUAUUACCUUUCACACGAUUUCUGGUCGCAUGUUCGAUUCUUGCCCUUGCUUUCUCGGGAAAUUUCUCUCUCUCAUAAAUUCCUCUCCCCCCUCCCCCGGCCGCCCCCAAAAAAAAAAUAAUAAUAAUAAAACCUUCUCUGAAGUAAAGGCCUACAAGCUACAGCUGGGAUGCUUCAUUGCUUCGUGUGAUCAAGGCAAUCUUCGCCAGCUAAAGUAACGAACCGUUUGAUGAUUGAACCCUAAAUUGUAAUUGGAAUGGAAGGUGAUAUAUUUGGAGACGUGAGUACUCCAGCACUACAAGUAGAUAGCAGAAUCAUUCAGGCAUUUCAGAAGAACUUGCUUGAAGCCCAGGACAUUUUGGAUCAAAACAGGUUGUUAAUCAAUGAGAUUAAUCAAAAUCACUCGUCAAAGAUGCCACAUAACCUGAGUAGAAAUGUGGGAUUGAUCAGAGAGCUGAACAACAAUAUCAGAAGGGUGGUUGAUCUCUAUGCUGAUCUUUCCAGUUCUUGUAUCAAGUCUCAAGAAGCUUCAUCUGAAGGGGAUUCCAGUGGGACUCUGAAGUCUGAUGGAAAAGUAAGCCAAAAGAGAACUAGAAUCAGCUGACAAUUUGAAUCUGAGCUUUCAUGUAAAGCAGGGAAGCAUAUUCUGGUGAUGGAUAGGAUCUGGUUCAGGGGAUCAUGAGACUGUGUAACUACUACACUUUUGCAUUACGUUAAGACUUCAGGAGAUAGAAUGACAGAAAAUCUUUAUUUAAAUCUUGUAAUCUCCCAAAAGAAGAUUAUUUAGAGCUAUGUUAGAACAUGUUUGGUUUCACAAACACUUUUCGACUGAAAUCUUUCGGACUUCGCCUA